AUGACAACUUACGAAAACGCCUACCGACCACGCUUUCCGACCAAGGAAGAGGAGGCGAAGGAGCAGGAGCAGCUCAAGCUCAAGCGGAAACGUCUCUUCAAGCGAGUGAAGCGCGAAGUCGAGGAGGACGAACGGCAGGAAGUCAAGUACAACUACAGCGGGAUAGCGGGGAUCGCUUAUCAGGAUUUUUCGCUCGGGCGGUCUGCUCCAGUCAAGUCUCGGGCCGCUCUCGACGCGCAGACGUAUGGCGCGCGCCGCCGUCGUCAAGCUUCGACCUCUUCAGUCCUCCUCGACUCGCUGCCUCGACUCGCCGAAUGCUGCGUCUCGGUCAUCGUCGACUCUUACGGCGAGACAGGUCUCUUCGAUACUCUCGACGCCGCGAAGCACCGCGAAGUCGUCCCGCGACUGCUCGAACUGCUCGAACAUUCGCUCGAAGCCGACAAUGCGCCUCUGCCCUACCAAGUCUGGCUCGACAUCGCCAGUCGACUCGGCCCCGACACGCCGAAGCGGAGAAGAACCUAUCGAGGGCUUGUCGUCAGCGACGCCGACGAGCUGGACGUCUUGAAGGAUCUGAACAUCGAGGCAAUCCAGCGUUUCCUGCAAGACUCGACGCUUCAUUCCGCCUCUUCCGCCCCAGCACCUCCAGCCUUCUUCCUCGCCUACCUCGACCUUUCCGGCGACACGACCUUCACCGACGGCGACAUCUACAAGUUGCGUGAUCCGGUAUCGCACUUCCUGUCGGUCCUGCGACUAGACGGGACAAGCGUCACCGACGGCGGGCUCGAGUGGAUCGACAGGGCUGCGAAGGAUGCGCCGCAGUACCACCGGCUGGAAGUCCUGAGUGUGCGGAGUUUGGCGAAAGUGACGGACGUCGGGAUCGUGCGGUUGGGUUGGCUGCCAAACUUGCGAUUGCUCGACGCACGAGGGACCGGCUGCUCCCCCGACUUGCGCUCACAUCUGAAUGACGCCCUCCUCUCGCUCCCGCCUUCCCACACCGCCUACUCUCCGACUCUCUCGUACUGGCGCUUCCCGCGCGAAACUCGGAAGGACCUCGCCGCGCACUCGCGGCACUCGCCUCACCUCGAACUUCAGCUUUUCGACCCGAAGAACUUCUCACCCUCUCGCCUUGUCUCCCUCUUACACUACCUGUCCGACAUUGACUCGUCCAACUCGUCUUCGCGCGCUGAGAAGGCUCGCGAGGACCUCGUGAAGCCUCUGGGCGUGCACAUGACCGCCCUCACUCGCCUCGCUCAGCCCGCGACUCCUUCAGCGCAGCCUUCCGAGUCGCGAACAGCCGAGGAGAUCUACCAAGCCCAGCUUGCGCUUCGCUCAGCCGCAACGCAUGCUGCUCACCACGCCGCAUUCGGCAGCGUGACCAGCACGGUCGCGAUCUCACGCGCCUCAGUCGAGGAAGACGGCCGGGCGGAGAAGGACAAGGGUGCCGCGUUCAGGAUGCGGGACGACGCGGUGGCUGGACGCACGUUCGCUGGGCUGGGAGGCGCGAAAGGCGGAAGGGCGAGCCUGUACGAGGUCGGGACACGAAAGGUCCACUCGGGCAAGAGUCGGUGGACCCCGCAAGAGCGCGAUGCUUUCUCUGAUUCCGAGACCGAGGACGUCGUCGAGCGCCUCUACAAGGACGCGGAGGACAAGGCGAUUCAGGAGUGGGACGUGGAGAACGACAAGGCGGCGAGCUUUUACAAGGGCAAGAGGCCAGAGCGGCGAGGACCACGGAUGUUUGCCAUCCCGCCGAAGAAGGACGGCAUGCUCCUGCGCAUGAUCGAGUACGUCCCGCCGUGGGAGGAGCCGCUCAGACGAGCGCCAGCGCCUGUCGUCGUGCAGCAGCAGCCGCUGGCGAUGCGGAUACCAAGCAACGGUGCUGCCCUCGUCAAGAAGCGGCGACGAGCCGACGACUCGGUCUCCUUUGCGCCGUCCACGCCCGCUCGCCCACUCGUCUCGUUCCCCUCCUCGUCAUCGCCGCCAGCAUCCGCUACGCCGCCGCCACAGCAAGCUUCCUCGCAUGCGCGCCGUCCGCCCUCUUUGUACACGCCGCGCAAUGACCCGAAGAACAUCGUCCGGACGACUCCUGCACUCCCGAAGCGGUCAGGUCUCUCGGCGUUUCGGACGAAGCGGUAG